AUGGCAGGUUCUUCCAAGCCUCCACUUAAUUGCACUCCGCGGCCGCGCGCGGCUGUCGGCUCUGAGGGCGCCGCACGGCCGAGGACCCGGGGGGCGCCGACCCGCCGACCCACGCGCCGGGUGCGUGGCGAGGUCGGCCCGAGGCCCCGCCGGCCGCUCCCGGGCACAGGUGUGCGGGCACGGCCUCGCCGCCAGUCUCCCCCCGCCGGUCCUUGCCUUUUGUUCGAAGUGGAUAGUACCCUGCACCGGGCCGUCGCCCUUCAGCACGCAUACGGCCUUCGUCACCAUGACUCACGGGGACGCGCUCCGGUCCACUGCGAAGACCAGAGAAGAAGCGGGAAACCCCGCCGAGGACGCCAACGCAAACCGAGGACGCAGCACCGCGCCGAGCCGCGGCACCUUUAUAUGCCGGGCCGCCGCACCCCGCCCACCCUGGCCCGGAACCAAUCGCCGCCCGCGUUCUCAGCACGCCCCCCACGGGACGCGAGUGGCCGGGAAUCACCGGGGGCGGGGCCAAAGGGCUGCUUGGGGCGCCUUGCCUUUCGCGCUGCGGGCUCCCUCCGCCCGGCGCCCGUAAAACGCCCAGAAACCUGGAACGGCGAAAAACAGCAGCCCUUCUCCUCCAAAGGGUGUAGUCCGUGGAUUGCAGUACACAAAAUAAGGAAAAUGAGGCAGCCUGUGCGGAUGAAUAAGCAGUUUACCGUGUGUCAUUCUGGCAUUCCUGGGGAUGAAAAUCGGUGUUUGGGGACCUCUGUGGUUAAGAGUAAGUCCUCUACAUACGAACCAAGUUGCAAACUUUCAAAGAGGCGAACGUGCGUUCCAUCAACGUCAGGUGUGAGUAGAAUUGCAGCCCUCCGUCUCCUGUUGCUGACGACCCUUCAGCUCUACCAUCUCCCACCUCCUCUCCCUCCUCCAGUCAGUAACUCUUCUUGCCUGUUCACUCGAUGCCAGCCCCUGGAUGCCAGCUGUUGUAGUGUACUACUGUACUUUUCAAGACUGGCUGUUGCUGUCCGUUUCCCAGUCCUGCUGUUUAGCCAAGUGGGAUUCUUCUUCAUGCCAGUUACGUGGGCGCAGAGGCUGGACUCUUCCUCCAAGGUGGGAGAAGUUAACUACAAUGAUGACCAGACUGUAGCCGUGACGUAAGCUGCCACAAUUCCAAGAAUUGGCCUCAAGGAAAUGGGAACACACCGACCCUGGAACUGAAGAUUAACUGUACUUAAAACAAUCAAGAUGAUGCUGGUCAGACCACCGAUGACCAAUUUCAAGAUGACCGUCAGAGCUGACUGUGCUGUUUCUGCAUGUAGCCCUCUCCCUCCAUCUAUGAAAGCCCUUGGCCCAUGAUUGUCAUUUGUAGGGGGAGUCGGCCUUUGGACAGGAGUCCGCCCCACCCCCAUUGCUGACAUCCAAAAUUAAGCAAACUUUCCUU